AUGUUCAGGAGGUUUGGAAUAGUAUCUCUGAGAAGAGGCGCAAAUUCAAGAUGCAGUGGCGGAAUAAGAAAUAAUCACAGUUUCAACGGGUCUGCUAAUCGAUACCAGUCCUCAUUUACAUUUUUGAAUAACCAAUCAUUGUUGCAAAAGGAUGAGCUGAAGCAGUCCAAAAGGAAAAAUAGGAAGUCUUUUUACAAGAAUGAAGACGAGGAAGAGCAGUCUAAGCUAAAUAAAUGUACUGUUGAGCUUAGUACGCAUAUGAGGAAACCGAAAAAGCACGAUUAUUCUUGGCUCCCACGGGUCCCAUCAACUGGCUUUUUGAAGCCUCGUGAUGUCAGUACAAAAGUUUUAUACUCAGGUUAUAGGCCACUGUUUAUUAAUCCCGAUAAAUCUGAUAUUGGGACAGAGGGAGGCCAAGGUGGCAGUACAUUAUACGAAUUCGCAAUGAAGCUUGAAGACCUGAGUGAUCAAACACCGUGGAUGACUUCAGCAGCCGGAAUGGAGUUUUACAGUGAAUGGGAUAAUAUUCCUGUUGAACUGCGCAAAAAUCUGAAACCCUUCGAACCUCCUGUGUCCAAUGAAAAUGUGGAAGACACAGAAAUGAGUGCAUUACGAAAACUAAAGGAGGAAAUCUAUUUAAAUGAAAAAGCUAAAUUGAUCAAUAGAAGUAAAGGGAGGAAAAAACCUGUUGUAACGUUAAUGCGAUUGAAAAAAAAAUUGGACGAAGGUAAAUGA